UCUCAUGUGUUUUGGACUGCGAAAUCUCUGGAAGAUUAUCACACAUGCGCAAAACCUACUUCCGUAGAAGAUGAGAAAAGCGGAAGUAAGUGCGGCGCCUUUCUUCAAAACAGAAGGCUAUGAGUCGCUGAAGUACAACUUUUGCUACAAUGCCUCUGUCCACCCAGUCUCAGGCUGACGAUGAGCAAUACGUUUUAGUGGCCAGUUUGGACAAUGCUCGCAAUCUCUCCAAUAUACUGAAGGCCAUCGCCUUCAAAGACCACGCCAUCUUCAGUGCCACACCCAAUGGCCUGAAGGUCACUGUGGAGGAUUCCAAGUGUCUGCAAGCCAAUGCAUUCAUCCAGGCUGAGAUCUUCCAAGAGUUCACCAUAAAGGAAGAUCUGGUGGGUUUUCAGGUCAAUCUCACUGUUCUGUUGGACUGCCUCAAUAUCUUUGGAGGUAGCACAGUACCAGGAGUAUCAACAGCCUUGCGGAUGUGCUACAGAGGGUACGGUUACCCUCUGACCUUGUUCCUGGAGGAGGGUGGCGUGGUGACUGUUUGCAAGAUCAACACACAAGAACCAGAAGAGCCAAUUGACUUUGAGUUCUGCAGCGCCAAUGUCACAAACAAGGUGAUCCUGCAGUCAGAGAGUCUGAAAGAACCCUUCUCUGAGUUGGAUAUGACCAGUGAGGUACUACAGAUCACCAUGUCCCCUAGCCAGCCAUAUUUCAGGUUAUCUACGUUUGGGAACUCUGGAAAUGCUCAUUAUGAUUAUCCCAAAGACUCAGAGAUGGUGGAGCUAUUUCAGUGCACAAAGACACAAACCAACAGGUACAAGAUGUCCCUUCUGAAACCAUCCACCAAAGCCCUGGCUUUGUCCUGUAAAGUGUCUGUGAGGAUGGACAGCAGGGGCUUCCUCUCUCUGCAGUACCUGAUCAGAAACGACGAUGGACAGAUCUGCUUUGUAGAAUACUAUUGUUGCCCUGACGAGGAGGUGGAGUGAUUAUAGUGCCUCCAUUAAAUUCCCCUUCAAAUACGCACCUUAACUUCGGUGGUGGCCAGUUGCUCUGACUGAGUGCAAGAAUGAGAAGACAAGGUCUGCCAGAGGAGGGCAGGACCUUUAAUUGGCAUAAUGGACACAAUGGAAAAGUUUGCAUUGUUUUAACAAAAUCAGCUGGUUCACCAUUUGCCAAACACUUGCAUUUGAGUGGAGCUUUGCCACUGGACUUGUGAAAGGAUAAUGUCACCUAAAUGAUCAUAUCAUACCAAGUUCAUCAUUUCACAGAUUCGGAAGAUGAUUGCAUGUACAGUUACUGUAUGUUGUAUAUUUUGUUACAAUGGAGACCCAGAAAUUUUGGGUCAGAAGCCUCUCAGUGUGUGAACACUCCCUGUAACUAAAUGAUACGCUGACUUGAGUCUACAUGAAGUUGGCUUGCAGUUCAACUGUGGCCAAGAUUUGCCUGUAAUGACUACACAUCUGAUCUCAUCUUUCUGCAGCCAACGUGGCAAAUGGCGUGUACAGUAAGUCUAAUCUCCACGGGCUUUAGAUUUCUCUACAGCUCUGCGCAUACAUUGACAUUGUGUAUGCAGACAGUUUUCAUGUUAUUUGUCUGGAGUACACAUCAGAUGAUACUGUGAGUAAGUUUGAAUUGUUUUAUUUAAGUGACAUAGAAAAUAACUUGUCAAAUUCAAUAAACAAGGUUUUUUUUUUACA